AUGCCCAAAGGCAGACGCUUCAACCCCCCACUAGACAAGGACGGAACAUGGUUCCCUCAUGUUGGACUAACACAGAAGACUCCAGAAUCCAUCACAAGUGCUACUUUGAAAGAGCCUCAUUAUCCACAUUCAUCUGGGCGAGUGGAGGGGAAGCUGCCGCCCAUAUACAAAGUCCGGGAGAAGGAAGCAGCGAAGAACAGCUUCCCCUUCUCUGUGCACGACAAUCGCCACAGUUUUGAGAACUCUGGAUACUACCUCGACUCCGGUUUCGGACGUAAGAAGAUUCCCCCAGAUAAAAGGCAACACGUUUCUAGAAAUUUCAAUCUCUGGGCAUGUGACUAUGUUCCAUCUUGUGUUGAUGGCUUUUCAAAUAACCGAAUAUCCUAUGUCUACCAGGAGGCCGUGACGAGCCCAAACUUCAGACGCUUUCCAAGACGAUAUAAUGAGCUAUGGAGCUGUUUCACAUUUAUUUCCCGGUGAAACUACACAGAGUUUUUGAUAAAGAAACCAAAAGACAAAUUCCCAAUUGGCAAAAAUGCAGCCCUUCUACGGGAGCCCCGAUCCUCCCAGAAGACUCAUGAAGAGUUUUGUGAUGUUACUUUUUAACCAGGCAUUCUGAAAGCAUGUGCCUUCUGAUCCAAUGUUACCCUUCGGUCUUUGAAAUACUUUCAUAGUUUUUAAUAAGUUGGAAAACAUUCAGAUCCUUAUAAAGUAAGAUAUGUGCAGCUAUAUACACGUGUAAAUAAACAUUUAAAAUUGUCACAUUUACUUUUGGGGGAGCUUAAGAAAUUACACACUUCCUAUAUGGUCAUGUUUUAAUUUUGUAAUUUCAAACAAUGCAGAGGAAGCAAAAGACUUCCGAUUCCACCACAUCUCCAGCCCUUGUCCCCCAAGUCAGCCAGACACUGGUUUUUAUUCCAUGUCUUUGCACAUGUAUGUGCAUGUGUAACAUUGGAACAUGAACUUUGUCUCAUG